AGCAGGCACCGGCUGAGGGAACGCGGGGCCGUCGCGUCGGGCUCCCGGACCUCAGUGGUCCUGGGCCGUGGGCCCAGGCGGGACGCAGACAUGGAUAUGGACGAGGGCAGGAGCCCACCCGGAUCCUCAUCUGCCAGCCCCGGUGUCACGAUGGAAGAGCUGCCUUUCUAUGAAGUUUGUGCGGAGAUAGUAAAGCCCACCAGACUGGUGCCAAAGGACUCUUUCACGUCAAAGAAUGCAAAGUUGGUUUUUAUUGCCAACUCAAAGACCUUUGAUAAGAUCCUCAAUACCAGAAAGGCCGAGCUGAUGAAUAAGAGUUUCAGUCGUUUACAGCUGCUGUUGAGGAUGUGUUUAUGGAAUACCCAACACCCUCAAACUGACAGUUUUCCUUUGGGUCUGAUGGUCAAUGUCAAUCAGCAGAAUUUGGAAUUGGACAAAUCUGAUCAUGGUGCUCGCCCUCUAAAUAUCACCCAUCUGGUCCACCUUUCGGACACAGUGGCCAACAGAAUCCUGGUCAGUUGGUCUCUGAACGAAACACGGGACUUUGCCGGGGCAGUGUACCUGGUGAUGAAGCUUACUGCAGACGAUUUACUGGAGAAACUUUGGGCCAACAGCAUUUUGCCUGCAGAGGAGACCCAGGCCAUGAUUCGGGAGAAGCUGGGAGAUGAUUCAGGAGAGCCCUCCACCAGCAGCCUUCACAUCUCCCUUAUGUGCCCGGAGGAAAACAAACGUGUGCUUGUGCCCUGUCGUGCACUGACCUGCUCCCACCUGGAGGUUUUCGACGCAGCCCGGUACCUACAGAUGAAUGAGGAGGAGGGAUCAUGGAUGUGUCCUGUGUGUCACCACCAUGCUCCAUUCUCCAAACUCGUUCUGGAUCGGUAUUUCCUCGAUAUCCUCGAUGCCAACAUAUCGUGUGAAGAGAUUGUGAUAUACCAAGAUGGGUCCUGGUCCCCGAUACUAUCCAACAGAGAUUUGGUCGAUGAUUGUGAAUAUACUCCUCUGCGAUACAAGAAGCUGACUGUUUCUCCUAGUACGACAAAGAGCACCAGCUCGGAGGGAGAGAAAGAAUUUAAGUACGCUCCCAAGAUGCCAUGUCCAGCCACCACAACAGCCAUCCCAGCUGCAACCACCCAUGUGAUGUGCAACCCCAAGAUUGAGCCGCCUAGUCCCCCACAGGGGGGCCCAGGGGUGGAGGUGAAGGAGGAGGAGGAAGAAGCCGCUGACUUGCCUCCCCAGCCCCCAGCACCCCCUCUCCCUUCGUCGAUUGCCUCCACUGUGAAACAGGAGCAUCCAGUCAUGUCCUGGGGGCAGGAACAGGGCCAGGAUGUCCAAACUCCAACUCUGGAGUUGCUAGAGUCUUUGCUUCAACAGAUGUAUGACUAUGCACGGCAAAUGAAUUUUCCGGCAUACGUCGACUAUCUUAGACAGUGUUGGAGUUCAGCCCUGUUUACCCCUCAGGACACCCUUCAAUUCUGCCACGGCCAUGGCCACGGCCAUGGCCACUGCCACGGCCACUGCCACGGUCACGGCCACUGCCACGGUCACAGCCACUGCCACGGUCACAGCCACGGCCACUGCCAUGGUCACAGCCACGGCCACUGCCACGGUCACAGCCACGGCCACAGCCACGGCCACUGCCACUGCUUGGAGCACCAUGCCUUCCCAGCUCCUGGCCCCUAUUUUCAGUGGCUCCCACCACCACUGCCCACUGGGCCUCCCCCCCCCGAGAACCAGCUGCCAUCUCUCUGUGAGAUCAAGGAGGAAGGGGACAGGGAUCUCCCGGAUUUAGCGCAGCCCCCUGCACAGGGCCCUUUAGCCCCAGUGGCCCACCUCUCCCCUCCUGCUGGGUCGUUGGGAGACACUCUGCGGGGCCUGUGGGGAUCGAGUGAGUGCAGCCCUCCCGGGCUCCUGAGAGCCGAGGCUCCUCCCGCCCACCUGGGUAGCACUUCAUCCUCCAGAAUGAGUCAGGCUUUGCUCUCCCAGGUGGGACAUGCUGUUUGCAGCAAGUUGGAUCAGGCUUCCUCCUCCAAGGCCAGCGAGGCUUCCUUCUCCAGGGGGAGAGAGGCUUCUUCCUCCAGGGAGAAUGAGGCUUCCUUCUCCAGGGCAAGGGAGACUUCGUCCUCCAGGGCAAGGGAGGUUUCCACCUCCAGGGUGAGAGAGACUUCGUCCUCCAGGGUGAGAGAGGCUGUGUCCUCCAGGGAGAGUGAGGCAUCCAUCUCCGGGGCGAGGGAGGCUCCCUCUUCCAGGGUUGGUCAGGCCAGGCAGGCAGUUGGGGCCUCCUCCAAACUGGAUAGCGAUGAGUCUGAGUAA